AUGGGGAAUGUUGGUAUGAUGGCUGUGAAGAAGGGAAUGAUCAAUUAUGCUCUGUACGAAGAGCUUGAUUCGGAAAACAUGGAUCGAACUAGAGAACAACUUACUGGGCUCCCAUAUUACUUCACAGAAGCACAGAUUAGAGAGUUGCUUGAAUCUUUUGGUCCCCUUCGUGGUUUCGAUCUGGCACAACUACAGGUCGCGUGGCAGAGGCAAUUGUUCCAAACCGGAGGUGGUCUAGGUGGUGGUAAUGGAGGUGGCAUUGCUACCAAGGUCGUAUGCCUGACAGAGGUGGUUACUGCAGAUGAGCUUAAAGAUGAUGAAGAGUAUGAAGAUAUUUUGGAAGAUAUGAGGGUAGAAGGUGGAAAAUUUGGUACAUUGAUGAAUAUUGUCAUCCCCCGUCCACAACCUAACGGUGAACCCUCUCUAGGACUUGGAAAGGUUAGUUUCAGUGUAAGGCUUUCGUUGAGAACUACGACACUUCAUGUCUAAGCCAGUGCCUCUACG